GAUUUCGAUUUUCACAAGGCGGAGUGCGAGCAAGCACACAUACGUCAAACUGGUUUGAAGCCGUCUGCUCAAACUCUGCGAGGUCAUCAAUGUCCGGGGGCAUUUAUGAUUAUGGCAUCUCGACUGGAUGAACAUGGGUGCGACAGCGACCAUCCUUUGAAAUUUACGCAUAUUGAUAUGGGCAGUGCAGCUGGCGAACAUCCCGAAACAAGUUUUCCAAAAUCCGCUCGUCACCUUAGUUGCCGAUUUGAUUCUGCCGAAACAUCAAUGAGUUGGACGGGCUUCAAAGUCGCCAUUCUUCCUCACUCUUUUAAAAAUAAUUUAUAA